CCGGCGGCAGUCGUGAAGGGAGCCGUCAACUGCUCAUGCUCUCUGCUAGCCGUCGGGAUCCCCUCCGUAGCCGAGGCGUGGGGACUAUGGACCCUCUUUGGGGUGGCGACAACGCUGCUUCUCAUCUCCCUGGCUGCACUCUUGUCCCAGCGGACCUGUGGUCGGAGCAGGAGUCAGGAGAGACAGGGACCCCCUGGAGGGUCCGUGGAGGAAGUUCCCCUGUACGGGAACCUGCUCUACUUACAAACAGGACGGCUGUCUCAAGAACCAAGGCCGGAAGAACAGGGCCCAUCCUCUGGAGGCCCUGCCAGGGCUGCAGAGGAGGCCAUGUGCUACACUAGCCUGCAGCUGCGGCCUCCUCAGGGGCGGGCCCCCAGCUCUGGGACCCCCAUCAAGUACUGUGAAGUAGUGCUGGACUCUGAGUCAAAGCCGCAGGCCCUAGGUCCCGAACCGGAACUCUACGCCUCCGUGUGCGCCCAGACACGCAGAGCCAGGGCUUCCUUCCCAGAUCAAGCCUAUGCCAACAGCCAGCCUGCAGCCAGCUGAGGAGGACCCGAAUUGUGGGCACCCACGGCUCAGCUACUAGGUCAGCGACUCCUGCUGUCCCGGCUAGGACAUGCUCAGUUCCUAACCAGCCUCCAGGACAUUGAGCUGUUGCUGAGUGACAGGUGACAACCUCCUCUGAACUUCCUAAGUUGCCAGGCAUACAUCUCAGUUCUACGAAGACUCCUGGCUUCCUGAGGGUGGAGUUGCAAAGGGAGACCCUCUUUGCACUUAUCUUUUCUAUGUUCUCCUGUAACCCCCCCGACUCUUUGCUUUACACUUUGUCCUCCUUUCAGAGCUUAACUGGGUUCCCCGUCUCCCCUCUCAGUUUACCCAGAUACCUCAUUGUCUCCUCAGACACAGGAAGUGGGCAGGGAGGAGGAGGUAAAAGCCAGAGAGGAUGUGGGUGGGUGUCGGGGCAUGGGAGCCCACAACUGGAAGGCUCCUGGGGUCUCAGGCUUGGUUUCUGACCUGAAACCCUGGACUGAGAAUGGUCUCCAUGUUGCUAUCUUUGGCAUACCCUGGUUUUCAAAUAAAGCAUCUCAAAACU